GGGACGAGGACGACCGUUGAUUGGUGGAGCCCUUCCGGCUCUUUUGAUUGGCAGUCGGACCCGGCGACGUGUGGCGGUUGAUGGUCGCGCUUCACGGAGAUCCUGAGAAAGCGAAAUGGAGGGGUGUGUGUCCAAUCUAAUGGUCUGCAACCUGGCCUACACCGGGAAGUUGGAGGAAUUGAAGGAGAGCAUCCUAGCUGAUAAAUCCCUGGCUACUAGAACGGACCAGGACAGCAGAACUGCAUUGCAUUGGGCAUGCUCAGCUGGACAUACAGAAAUUGUUGAAUUCUUACUGCAGCUGGGAGUGCCAGUAAAUGAUAAAGAUGAUGCAGGGUGGUCUCCUCUUCAUAUUGCUGCUUCUGCCGGCCGGGAUGAGAUUGUAAAAGCCCUUCUGGGAAAAGGUGCUCAAGUAAAUGCUGUCAAUCAAAAUGGCUGUACUCCCCUACAUUAUGCAGCUUCCAAAAACAGGCAUGAGAUUGCUGUCAUGUUAUUGGAAGGCGGGGCAAACCCAGAUGCGAAGGACCAUUAUGAGGCUACAGCACUGCACCGGGCAGCAGCCAAGGGUAACUUGAAGAUGAUUCAUAUCCUUCUGUACUACAAAGCAUCCACAAAUAUCCAAGAUACUGAGGGUAACACUCCUCUACACUUAGCCUGUGACGAAGAGCGAGUGGAAGAAGCAAAACUGCUGGUAUCCCAAGGAGCAAGUAUUUACAUUGAGAAUAAAGAAGAAAAAACACCCCUGCAAGUGGCCAAAGGUGGUCUGGGUUUAAUACUCAAGAGAAUGGUGGAAGGUUAAGCAUCUUGGAUUUGUUCGUAUGUUGUAUGUUUUAUGGUUGUCCCCAGUGUUCUGGAAAAUAAUAUAUUUGUGCACAAGACAUCAUCUAUGAUUGAUGAAAUUUCUUCCAUGCUCAAAGUCUUAUAAACAUGUUGAUUAUUGUACCUGAUGAAGUUUUUGUUCUAAGCUUACAAUCCAUUUUCCAGACAUAGAGUAAAUGUUGAAAUUGUUCUACUAUUGUAUAUUAUUUUCUAUUGAAUUUUGGUUCAUUUUAAGUAAGUCUGUGACUGUCGUUAGUCUUCAACACCUUCCCAUGCCCCAUGUCCACCUCCAAGGCAGAACCCCAACAACACCAGGCAGUUAUUCUGCCAAAUGUGUGUAGGUGGAUUCUAGAAUAUUCCUCUAUACAUUUGAAGCACAUCCAAACUCAACUUCUAAGUUCACUCAGUUUUGUUUUGGUUUGGUUUUCAACAGUACGGUUAAUUUUUGUUAUAGGAGAUGUACUUAUAUAAUUUAGAGGACCAAUUUUAAGUUGGAACAUGCUUUCCAAAUUGGGCAUUCAGAAACACUAAAAAAAAUAAAAUAAUGAA